UGUGUGUGCGCGCGCGCGCAGUCUCCUGAGGGGACAGGGUUUGUUCGCUCGGAGCUGAGGGAGGGUGUCCGUGUCGUGUCCGAGUGCCAGGUCCUGUCACACAAACACAUAACACCCGCUCACCUCGCAUCAUGGACACCCGGCACCGCCGCUGAGGGCCUGGUCUCGGACACUGGUCUACCGUUUGUUGAUUUUUAUUAUCUCUCACACAUCCCUCUCCACCGAGUGACCGGUCCGUCCGGAAGGGACGGAGUGAACGACUAUUCGACUUAGCCCCCACCCACCCCCGUCACGGGCCGGCCUCCCCUCCCUCCAGGACUGAGGGUGAGGGACGGGAAGAGGGGGCUGUGCAAACAACCCCCGGGUAGAGACCGAGCGCCGGGGGGCCCUGAGGAGGAGGCGGCGGCGGCACUGGCUGGAGUUUGAGAUCCAGCCCCCCCACCUCCGCUUGACCGCUGGACUGUGAAUCCGAAGCGGGCCUUGGGGAUGGAGUGGGGGCUGAAGGCCGUCCUCUCGUCCUGGACCCUCAUCGCACUAUGUGCCUCUUACACCGCCCCGCCGAAAGUUUAUAGCAACACCUGGGCGGUGCGGAUCCCUGGCGGGCAGCAGGAGGCCGCCAGGGUGGCCAGGGAACACGGCUUCAUCAACCUGGGACAGAUUUUUGAUGAUUAUUAUCAUUUUCGGCAUAAUGGGGUGACGAAACGAUCAUUGAAUCAACAUGCGCAUCAUCAGAAUAAACUGCUACAGGAUCCUCAGGUCAAAUGGCUGGAACAGCAAGUAAUUAAGAAAAGGAAAAAGAGAGACAUUUACAUUGAACCAAAUGAUCCCAAAUUCCCACUGCAGUGGUACCUGCAUAACAUGAAUCAUCAUGACUUGAAUGUGAAAGAAGCCUGGAAGCAGGGUUACACUGGAAAGGGUGUUGUAGUCUCUAUUCUGGAUGAUGGGAUUGAGAAGAAUCAUCCAGACCUAUCUGCUAAUUAUGAUCCAGGUGCCAGUUACGACGUGAACAAUAACGACCCUGAUCCUCAGCCCCGUUACACACAACUCAAUGAUAAUCGGCAUGGAACACGGUGUGCUGGUGAGGUGGCAGCUGUAGCCAACAAUGGGAUUUGUGGUGUGGGGGUGGCAUAUAAUGCCAGAAUCGGGGGUGUGCGGAUGCUAGAUGGAGAGGUGACUGAUGCUGUGGAAGCUCAGUCCCUUAGUAUGUACCCUCAACAUAUUGACAUCUACAGUGCUAGCUGGGGUCCAGAGGAUGAUGGGAAGACAGUGGAUGGUCCUGCUAAGUUAGCGCAAGCAGCAUUUUUUAAAGGCAUUUCUCAGGGGCGUGGUCGUCUGGGCUCAAUAUUUGUGUGGGCUUCUGGGAAUGGUGGCCGAGAACAUGACAGCUGUAACUGUGAUGGAUAUACAAAUAGUAUCUACACCCUUUCAAUCAGCAGUACAACACAGAGUGGGAAUGUACCUUGGUACAGUGAGGCGUGCUCCUCAACACUUGCCACCACAUAUAGUAGUGGAGGUCAAUUUGAAAAACAGAUCGUUACCACUGAUCUCAGACAAAAGUGUACAGAAUCACAUACCGGAACUUCUGCAUCUGCUCCUCUUGCUGCUGGAAUCAUUGCCCUUGCACUGGAAGCAAAUAAAAAUCUGACAUGGCGGGACAUGCAGCACCUUGUGGUACGGACAUCCAAACCUUCACAUCUUUCAACUAAUGAUUGGAUUAUCAAUGGCGUUGGCCGCAAAGUCAGUCACUCCUAUGGCUACGGGCUUUUGGAUGCUGGAGCUAUGGUUGCAUUAGCUAAGAACUGGACAAGUCUUGGAGAUCAACGGAAAUGUGUCAUUGUUAUCACUUCUGAGCCAAAGGAUAUUGGUAACCGAUUGGAGGUGCGGAAAAGGGUUGAUGCAUGCCUUGGAACUUCAAAUUUUAUCCGCUCCUUAGAGCAUGUGCAGGCAAGAAUUACGCUAUCAUAUAACCGACGUGGAGACUUGGCUAUAUUUCUCACCAGUCCCAUGGGGACAAGGUCAACUCUGCUGGCACCAAGACAGCAUGACUACUCAUCUGAGGGAUUUACUGACUGGGCAUUCAUGACUACACAUUCCUGGGAUGAAAACCCCUCGGGAGAAUGGGUUCUGGAAUUGGAAAAUACUUCUGGUGCAAAUAAUUAUGGUACCCUGAGACAAUUUACACUGGUUCUUUAUGGGACGGCACCAACGAACAACAGCCAGCAGAAAUCGACCAACAUUACACUACCUGCCAAAUGCAAAACACUGAACUCUCAGCAAGUGUGUGCAGAAUGUGAAGGUGUAUAUUUUCUGCAUCAGCAAAGCUGUGUGGAAAAGUGCCCACCUGGCUUUUAUAAAGGAUUCGUUGACAGCCUCUUGGACAACAACGUUGAACCUUCACAAGUUUUGGCCUGCCUUCCAUGUCAUGCUUCUUGCCGCACAUGCAAUGGAUUUACAGCCAAUCGCUGCCUAUCUUGCCUCCCUCAUUCACACUACAAUGAAAUGGACUUCAGCUGUUCACCCCAGAUGCAAGUCAGUAGGGAAUCUCCCUUGGAGAAUGAGGAAGUAGUUGAACCGCUCACUGAAUCUCAAGUACCUAUAUGGUUUGCUUUUACCAUCUGUGCCUUCAUCAUAAUGGUAUUUUUUAUAAUAUUUAUAGUUCUUCAGGUCAGGUCAGGAUUCCAGUUCAGCAAAGUGAAAGUCUACACUCUACAAAAUGGGAAAGGAAUUAUAUCUUACAAAGGAAUUUCUGACGUGUGGAAAGAUGGUGAUUUAUCCGAAUCGGAUUGUGAAGAAUUUGAUGUUGAGGGCCAAAGUGAAAGAACAGCAUUUAUAAAGAAAAUACAAAGUGUCCUCUAGUAUUUCUGUUUGUUGUUCCAUCCCAUUACUGAUGAAGGGUUGUGUGUGUCUCAUUUUCAUGGACUUCAGUGAAAACUGUCUUAAAGUGACAAGAAAUCCACACCCAUUUUUAUAUGGAAUGUGGGUGCUUGAAAUAAUGUUGGACACAAUCUCUUAAAGCUAAACUAUUAAUACUGGAAAUUGGGCAUUUUUCACAGCUCUUAACUGAGGUAGGUUGGUGUCUUUUUAGUUCCCAGCAAAAUGUGGUCAGGGCCAUAGAAUGGUAGAGUGGAAUGGAUUCUUUUUAAUUCAAUAUUGUAUGAUAGCUAAUUAUGGAAAUUUUAAGACUCCCAAAAUUGACAAUAGCACUGUACCUGGAUAAUUUGAAGUUACUUAAUUUUGAGGAAUUUGAAAUUACUAUUUAGACUUUCAGAAAAGAAUUUCACGACGUGAUCAUAGGGGUCAGAAGCUUAACUGACAUUUGGUAAUGUCAUAACCGACUUUUGAGUUGUAAAAAUGUUGGUUUCAAGGGUAUCAUUUUUGCACUUUAAUUUUUUUUUAAAAUUUCAUCCCUUAAAAUGCUCACUGUAUUGUAACUGAAGUUUGUAUUACUUUUUUUUAAUCUCUCAAUGAAAUCCCUCUGACUUGCUGGGUCACUCACCGCCUCCAGUUGUUAGGUAUUCAGACCUGUAAGGUCUCUGAUCGAAUUCCAGUCUGUGCUCAAUUAGGGUAUUCUAGUUAUGGCUCUGUACCCUUGGGGG